GAUAGAUAAUAUUCGAUAACAAAAUGGAUGACUUUACAAAGCUAGGUGCGAGUGUCUUUGCCAAAAUGGAGAAAGUGAACUCCGAGCUGUUGGCGUUGACAUAUGGGUCAAUUGUAUCACAACUCAUCAAGGAUAUUGAAUUUACAGACGGCGUUAACACACAACUACUGUCGAUGGGACGAAACAUCGGUGUUAGACUAGUGGAUGAAGUGUUAGCCAAAUUGGGAUGCACUCCAUGUACUAACUUCAGAACCACAGUAGAGGCAAUUGCCAAGGUUGGAUUGAAGAUGUUCUUAGGUAUUACAGGAGAUGUAAUCGUAAUUGAUGAGGCCACCAAUCACUACCAUAUCGCAUUCCAUGAAAACCCUUUGGACCAAUUUGUAGAGAUACCAGAGAAUCUCUCAAACUUAGCUUACUCAAAUAUAAUAUGUGGAGUAAUCAUAGGUGCAUUAGAACAGUUGCAAAUCAGAGUAAAGUGCGAAUUUGUCAAGGACAUGCUAAAAGGUCAUGAUGCUUAUGAAAUAUCCAUUAAGCUGGAAGAGAUUGACUCCUAUGAGAGGGAAUAAGUUAUGAUUAUAUAUCGCAUUUAGAAAAUCCCAGG